AGCGUGUUUGGCGGGCGGAGGCGCUUCCUGCGAGGCUGAUGGCUGUGGGGUUAUGGGGCCGGGCAGCCUCCCCCGGGCGGUGGCGGCGGCGGCUCGAGGGUGGCUGCGGCGGCCGCCGUUGGCCGCGCUGUUCGCCUUGUGCUGCCUGCGGCUGUGGGCAGUGGAUGGCCAGCCGUGCCACAUCCAGCGCUGCAACACGGACUACGUAGUAGCCACCUCUUCGACAGAGGACACUCUGCCUCACACAGACUACUGCAUGGCUUUGCGGACCUACUCCCUCUGCACCCAGAAGAUGGCCCGCUUGUGCCGGGGUGAUCUGGUGUACCACUCAGCGGUCUUCCGGAUCAAAGAACUCUUUGGGCAGCGCAACUGCUCCAGUGAAGGGCCAGCCUCUUCCGCCAGAGCGCCCGGAGCCACUGACCCCCUGGUUUCUGAGAUGUGCAACUACCAAGCCCGAUUGGGUUUCCAGACAAAAUUUGUUCACUGUGGGCUCUUUGGAGACCCCCACCUGCGGACAUUUAAAGAUGAAUUCCAGACUUGUCAAGUGGAGGGGGCUUGGCCCCUCAUUGAUAACCAGUACUUGUCGGUUCAGGUGACCAAUGUCCCUGUCGGGCUUGGAUCUGGUGCCACAGCAACCAGCACGAUCACAAUGAUUUUCAAGAGCUUCCCGGGCUGUUCUGAGCAGAGGGUGUACCAGGCAACCACAGAAGAUUUACCUCUGGCUUUCACUGAUGGCACGAGGAGUGGAGGAGGGCUGCGGGAAGGCUCCGGCAGUCUGUGUAUCCUGGAGAAGCCGGACAGGAGGCAGGUAGAGAUCCAGGCUCACCACAUUGGCAGCACCAUCAUCAUCCGGCAGGUGGGCCACUAUCUCACCUUUGCUAUCCGUGUGCCAGAGGACAUUCUGGGCCCCUCUGAACACAGUGCUGACCUGCAGCUCUGUCUCCAUGGCUGCCCCCAGAGCGAACGGAUCCAGGAGCACUGGCUGAGCCCAGCCAGCUCCGGCAUGUUCUGGCCGAGUUCCCGACGAGCCUACACAAUGGAGACUGCCACCGAGGAGUGCAGCCAUCUUCUGCCCAUGGAGGACACGUACUUCCAGUCUUGCAUCUUUGACUUACUGACCACAGGAGAUUCUGACUUCUCCCUGGCUGCUUAUGGAGCCCUGGAGGAUAUGAAGGCCCUCUACCACAGCCGGCUCCAAUUGCUGCUUGCCUUCAGGGCUGCCAGUUCAGGGGGCAGGAGGUCCAGGCUGGGAAGAAUCACUGCUCUUUUACUGCCUGGACUUCUUGCCCUCCUCUUCCUUCCUGUUCAGCUCUGAGAGCCAUGGCCUUAUCAGCAUUGGGUCACAGCAGCACCAUGUCUCAAAUGGUUUGUGGCAUGCCCUGCCUCCCUAAGUGGAAGGGGGGGGGAGACAAGGAGUUCUCCUCUCAGGGAGGAGUCUGGCAGUUACAAGUCUCUCCCCCCUCUACUCACCCAGAGUCUGUUCAGAACCAUGAAGCCCUCAGUGUAGAAGGUGGACUUUAUUCUGUAGGUUCUUAAAAAAAUAAAUUGGAAUGGAAUCAUCUGACUGA